UUUAUUGCGUCAACCACAGCUGAUUUCCGGGAAAAUUCUUGGUGGUUUGACACAACUCAAGAAUGGAGGUGUGUGAAAAAUGAAAUGUUGAUGCGGAGACUGAACAGACACAAAUCGGAGAGAGGAAACGGGGUCAGCGACGGAAAAGGAGGACACUCUUAUUCACAUCGUCGACUCUCGCCCCCCGGUGACUCCCAUGUCUCGUGUCGGGGUGGGUCUAACCCAAAAUAUCCGUCAUCCUACAAUGGGCUGUGGGAGAUCGGCUCGACUCGGAGAAUUCUCUUGCAGCUGUUCAGAGAGCCGAAGAUAGGACCGAGAUAACGGACCGAGUCAAUGACGGUGGCCUGCCCGCUUUUGUCCUGCGCUCCCCGGCCCGGUGUCUGGCAGCCCGCCGCGCACAGUGCGUAAAUGCGCCCCUUGUAGAAAAGUCAGGCCUCCGAGGAGCACUUUAAAUGUUGAAAUUCAGUCUUUGUCGGACAUCGUGGUAGUGAAUCGAUUUCUUCAUAGUUCCGCUGAGCGGAUGGAGUGAAUUGUGCAAAAGAGGAGAGAGACAGACCGCAGUUUGGUUGCGUGUGAUGAUAGGAGACACAAUGACGCUCUUGUCUCUUCUGGGUCGGAUCAUGCGUUAUUUUCUCCUCAGGCCGGAGACAUUGUUUCUGUUGUGCAUAAGCCUGGCGCUGUGGAGUUAUUUCUUCCACACGGACGAGGUGAAAACCAUCGUCAAGUCCAGCCGGGACGCCGUGAAGAUGGUGAAGGGGAAAGUGGCGGAGAUGAUGCAGAAUGACCGACUGGGAGGCCUCAGUGUCCUGGACGCAGAGUUCUCCAAAACCUGGGAGUUCAAGAAUAACAACGUAGCUGUGUACUCCAUACAGGGGAGGAGAGAUCACAUGGAGGACCGUUUCGAGGUGCUCACCGACCUCACCAACAAGAGCCACCCGUCCAUAUUCGGGAUAUUUGACGGUCACGGUGGAGAGGCUGCAGCUGACUAUGUGAAGGCCCACCUGCCAGACUCCCUGAAGCAGCAGCUGCAGGCCUUUGAGAGAGAGAAGAGAGAGAGUGCUCUCUCUUACAGCAGCAUUCUCGAGCAGCGCAUCCUGACUGUGGAUCGUGAGAUGCUGGACAAGCUGUCUGCCAACCACGAUGAAGCAGGAACAACAUGUCUAAUAGCGCUGCUGUCAGACAGAGAACUCACCGUAGCAAACGUUGGAGACUCCCGUGGUGUGUUGUGUGAUAAGGAUGGCAAUGCUGUUGCAUUAUCCCAUGACCACAAGCCAUACCAGCUCAAAGAGCGCAAGAGGAUCAAGAGAGCGGGAGGUUUCAUCAGUUUUAAUGGAUCCUGGAGAGUCCAGGGAAUCCUGGCAAUGUCGCGCUCUCUGGGGGACUACCCACUGAAGAACCUCAACGUAGUCAUUCCCGACCCCGAUAUCAUGACCUUUGACAUGGACAAGCUGCAGCCAGAGUUCAUGAUCCUGGCAUCAGAUGGCCUGUGGGACGCUUUCAGCAAUGAGGAGGCCGUUCGGUUUGUCCGCGAGCGUUUGGACGAGCCUCACUUCGGCGCCAAGAGCAUCGUCCUCCAGUCUUUCUACCGCGGCUGCCCCGACAACAUCACCGUCAUGGUGGUGAAGUUCAAAAGUGGAGCUGGGGGGAGCAGCAAGGCGGGGGAGUAGGUUGGUUUAGGGAGUGACAUUGUGAUCAGUGUUUGCAAUGAUUUUCCAAUCUUUAGGGUGGAGCAGCGAGUGUGAACAAAGAGGACUAGAGCAAGUUUAAGUUUGACACUGAGAACAAGUGCAUAUAUACAUACAUACACACACAUGCGCAAACAGGCCUACACACACGUGUGCACACAAAAACAAGCGAAAACUACAUUUUGUUUUGGUUGUAUGUUUCUAAUUGAGAUAAGGGCAUUCAAACACAAGCCAAUGUAUUGAUGAAUACAAAAAAAUAUGGAAGUUCUCCAGCAGUGGAGAUGCAUAGACAUAUACACCAUACAGGGGAUUUUCUCCUAACCAGCACACAUUAGACUGUGAUUGAUUUACUACUGUUUACUGUACAUGCACAUGAAUGGUACAGCUCCACUGGAGGCUUCUUCAGAGGAGGCGUUAACUAGUGCCUAUCCAAGAUUAACUGUGCGACCACAGGAAGCUACUGAAAAUGGAUUUGCAAAAUUACCACCCUGCUUGCUGCAUUUUGAUGAUGCGCUCAGGUGAUGUGUGCGUCUGUUAUAUUUUUGACCUGAAAAAUGUUGCCAAAUAUAAAAAGACUCCAGUGGAUCCAUACCUUUAUUACUUUGAAGUGAUGCUGCACCCAAAAUCUAACUUUUGAGUAUCAAACACUCACCACAAGAUGUAGGAAGUAAGAUGUUCACCAUUUGUAGUUUACUCCUCUGGGUGCAGUCAGCUUGGAGCUGUGUCACAGUGGAAAAAAGAAACAUUAAUAUGGAGUUAAACAGCAGGAGCUCUGAUUGGCCAGUUGUUGUGUGUCUGCAGGACUCUGACCAAUCACAGCUACUACUACUUUCACCACUGCUAUGUGGGUUGAUUUUUAAUGAAGGCAGAAUCCAAAAACAGAGAAAACUCUUGAUGAAUUGGAGUAAAAGGGGGCUGCAUUAAACAACAGCAAAACUAUAUAAGACAUUCACUAAAACACUCUUGCACAAUUAGUGCUGUAUAUUCCAAGUCCUAUUUAUCAAGUUGUAUGCUCAGUACUUCUUCAACACAUAUACUUUCACCAAAACCUUACCACUUAAAACACUUCCACAUAAACAGUCUCACACGUGGAUGAGUAGCACACUUGGAAAAGCGCAUGCUUUUGAACUCUGCUGAAUCCAGUCCCCUAGUUCAUUAAUAGACGGGAUAAAUAGAGUUCUGCUGUCACUCACCCACACCUGUCUCUUGUCAGCCAUUGAACUGGCUGGGAGGUGAGAUUACACCACCAGAGUUUAAACGCUUGCACUUGCUUAGGAGCAUGCUACUUGUAUACAAAGGUGUUUGAAAUCAUAAGAUUUGAGUAAAAAUGCAAAUGCUUGGGAAAUACUCAGCAUACAACUGGAGAACUGAAGGUUUACCGUUAUUAAACGCAGCCUCCCUUGACUUCAGUUCAUCGUGAAUUUUCGCCGUUUUUGGAUUCUUCAUUCACAACAGAGACAUGCAAGACUAAACAAACAUUCCUUGGUAGUAACUGAUAUACAAUUGACACAAAAUGAAAAUAUGGAAUAUAUAAGCAGAACCAAAGAUUAAAGGUAGACAAAGAAGUAAGUGGAAUAACAAAAAGCCUUUUUAAGUGAAACGAUUCCAGUUUAAAAUGAAACAUUAACUCAUUUGUAAUUUAAAGAUUGCUUAAGGAAACGGCAUAAGGGGUGUAGAUAAUAAUGUAGAUAAAUAAUCAACCUAUAACUUUUUAAGGUUAGUGAUACUCAGAAAACAGAUUUUGGGCAGAGUCUUACUUUAACAUACAACACACACACAUACACACACAAACAAACAAUUAUGUAAAAAAUGCACUUUUCAGAUGUUUAUUUUUUUGGAAUGAUCAAUUCUUACAUAUCAGCAAAUGUAAACACUGUAUAUCCACAAUAUUACAAGAGGGUUUAAAAAACAGUAUGUAGAACCUGAUUUAGUUCCUGACCUUCACCUCUUGGUAAAGCAAUUUUGUGGAGCUGAUUUAAACUGUUCUGUUAAAGUGGUUUUACAGCAUCUGUAUUGGGGCAUGUGCUUUGUCUUACCCAUGCUCAUGAACAAAGUACAUACAGUACCAUAUAUCCAUGGACACUGGUGGCUGCCUUUGAACUGGGAAGCACUCAAAACAAGAGGUGCAACAGACUCUGCUGCCUUGAGAAACUGACUACAAGGUGAAACAUUGUGAACUGUACAGAAGGAAUGUUAGUAGCUAGUAAUAUGAUAUGCUCCUGAAGCAAUACAACUGGUGUCAUCAACAGCAACAACCUGUCAAGGACGGUUUCAGUAAACCAUACUUGAUUUGCUACA